AUGUCUACCAGCUCUCGCUUCGACCCCAACUUCACGCCCUAUGUCGUGAAUGCCAUGGGUCCUAAGACCCCCGAACGUGCUCGCGUCAUUCUGGGCUCUCUGAUCAAGCACAUUCACGACUUCGCUCGCGAGGUUGAGCUCACCCCGGCCGAAUGGAUGCUCGGUGUUGAAUUCAUCAACUCUAUCGGCAAGAUAAGCACUCCCAUCCGUAACGAGUGUCACCGUAUCUGUGAUGUGAUCGGUCUCGAGUCCCUCGUUGAUGAGAUCGCCAACAAGAUUGUUACCGAGCAGGGCCUGUCCCCCACCUCCAACGUCAUUCUCGGCCCCUUCUGGUCUCCUAACGCUCCUUUCCGCGCACUCGGUGACAGCAUUAUUCAGAACGAAAACCCCAACGGCAAGGUGACCUAUAUGCACGGUGUUCUCACCGAUAUGGAGACUGGCGCUCCUAUCGCUGGCGCUGUGCUCGAUAUCUGGCAGGCCUCUGCCAACGGCCAGUACGACUUCCAGGAUCCCGAGCAGACCGAGAAUAACCUCCGCGGAAAGUUCACCUCCAAUGAGAAGGGAGAGUUCUUCUGGUACUGCUAUCACCCAACUCCUUACUCUCUCCCCACCGACGGUCCCGCUGGUGUCCUGCUCAACCUCAUGGACCGUUCUCCCAUGCGCCCUGCUCACAUCCACUUGAUGAUCACCCACCCCGACUACGCCACAGUUAUCAAUCAAAUCUACCCCAGCGACGACCCCCAUCUCGACAUCGACUCUGUUUUCGCUGUCAAGGAUGAUCUCGUUGUUGAGUUCAAGCCCAAGACAAACGACCCCAAGGCCUCUCUCGACCUGGAGUACAACGUCAAAAUGGCUCUGAAGAAGCACCACCCCAACCCCAACUCUGCCCCUCCUGUUUCGUCAUUCGAGCGCCAGGCCAAGAGCAGCCAGAAGCUCUAA